UUGAGAGAGCUCUUUUUCAUAUAUAUUUUUCUACAUAUAUGGCUUCAAGAAGAGAAAUAUAUACCAUAUGGAUGCAGUCACUUGUAUUCCAUGGAAAUGGGUGCACUGUGUACGAUUCAAAAGGUGAAAUUGUUUAUCGUAUCGAUAACUAUGGCAACAAGUGCUGUCACAAAGUCUAUCUCAUGGAUCUUCAUGGCGAAGUUUUAUUUUCUAUUCUACAAAAAAAGAAGCUGGGAAUUUUUGGAUAUUGGGUUGGCUACAAAUGGAGUGGGUGUAAAGUGAAGAAAGAGAGUCGACCAUGUCUAAAAGUAAGAAAAGAUUGGAGGAUUCUGAGGAGAGACAUGAGUUGUGAUGUUAGGUUGGGUUGUGAUGAAGCCAAAGCAAGCUGCAGCUACAGGAUAGUAGGAUUGGCUGGCAAAUCAACAUUUAAGAUUAUGGACACCAAUAACCAACUCGUUGCAGAGGUAAAGCAAAAAGAAUCUACUUCAGGAGUUUUGUUGGGAGAUGAUGUAUUAACAUUAGUGGUGGAACCCCAAAGGGAUCAUUCCCUAGUUAUGGCUCUUAUGACUGUCUAUGGAUUGAUUAAUCAAAAAAUGUGAAUUAUUAACAUCACCACCAUUGCUGCUGAUCAUGCAUGAGCUUCUUAGACCUGAUGAAAAUAAUUUAUUUGUAAUGUGAAAACAAUGUUUUGUUUUCUGAGCGAUCGGAUGAGUAGGAAAAUGAAAAGAUUAUUAAAUAUAUAGCUUGUGUAUAUCAGAUGUGACUGUAUAUAGCUUGUGUAUAUCAGAUCUGAUAGUAUUGUUCGGAAGAUAAAAGGUCAGACCUUUAGUGUUUCCUAUAACUCUAGAGUUGAUUCCCAGUAUAUAUAUAUAUAUAUACAUAUAGGAUAAUGGU